CGCGCUCUGGUUAAUCUUCUGCACGGCCGCGCGUGCCCCGGGAGACGUGGCGCUGAUAAAGCGGAGCGCGCGGACCCACUCGCAAAGCGUCGCGCGCCACCCUUCGCCACGCAGGUUCCCGAUGGAAACGCUGUCGGCCUUCGCCGGCAAAGUGUGGUGUGUCCGCAAGCAGCUCGUCGUACUGCUCGCUCCUCUCGCUCUCAUCCCCGUUGUGUUUGCUCUUCCCGCCAAGGAGGGGAAAUGCCUCUAUGUGGUGCUGCUGAUGGCCGUGUACUGGUGCACGGAGGCUCUUCCUUUGGCCGUCACUGCCCUGUUGCCCAUCUGCCUCUUUCCCACCAUGGGGGUCUUGACAUCCAAGAAAGUGUGCCCCCAGUACUUCCUCGAGCCUAAUUUUCUCUUUUUCAGCGGAGUCGUCAUGGCGUCUGCCAUAGAGGAGUGGAACGUGCACCGCAGAAUUGCCCUCAAGGUGUUGAACAUAGUUGGUGUAAAACCAGUCUGGCUGAUUCUGGGCAUGAUGAUUACCUCCUCCUUCCUGUCCAUGUGGCUCAACAACACAGCCACCACUGCAAUGAUGCUGCCCAUCGCCAACGCCAUCCUGGAGAACCUCUUUGGAGACCUGGAGAAGCUAAAAGAGAACUGCAAGCUCAAGGAGGAUGAAGAAGCAGGCCUAUCACAAAUAAAGUUGCAAGCCCUUACCUCCGAAAAGCAAAUACUGACCGAAGACGGGCAGGAAGGGGCAGAAAGGCAUGACAAACGGACACCCGAGGAGGUCCGCGCAGAGUCAGAGUACCAGCUGAAGGUAUGGAAGGGCUUCCUCCUUUGCAUCCCCUAUGCUUCCAGCAUCGGGGGUACGGCCACCCUGACAGGCACUGCGCCCAAUCUCAUCCUCAUGGGACAGCUCACAAGCUUCUUCCCUGACUGUGACCUCGUCAACUUCGGCUCCUGGUUUGUGUUUGGGUUUCCGCUCAUGGUGCUCUUUCUCCUGCUGGGGUGGCUGUGGAUCUCCUUCCUUUACGGAGGACUCAACGCCAGGUUGUGUGUCCGCAAACAGGAUUGGCAAGCGGAUGCAGAGCGAAAAGCCAAGGCGGUUAUCGAUGAGGACUACAAAAAACUUGGACCCAUGAAUUUUGCAGAAGGAGCGAUCACCUUUUUCUUCAUCCUCUUUGCUGUGCUGCUCUUCACAAGAGAUCCCAAGUUCUUUCCUGGAUGGUCCAUAUUCUUCAACAAGGGGUAUGUGUCAGAUGCCGUCACCGGAGUGGUCAUAAUAUCUUUACUCUUUGUCUUCCCGUCUCAGAAGCCUUCUCUCAGCUGGUGGUUUGACUUCCACUCAACGAACACACAGUACAUCCCGCUCCUGUCCUGGAAGAAAGUGCAGGGCUCUGUUUCGUGGAAUAUCAUUCUGUUGCUUGGCGGUGGCUUUGCAAUGGCCAAGGGCUGUGAGGAGUCUGGGCUCGCCUCCUGGUUGGGGACCCACCUGCAGCCCAUCGCCAGGGUCCCCCCGCCUGUUGCAGUCAUCCUCAUCACAGCUUUUGUCGCCUGCUUCACCGAGUUUGCCAGCAACACCGCCACCAUCAUCAUAUUGCUGCCUAUCAUUACAGAGCUGGCUAUAAACAUUAAAGUGAACCCACUGUACUUUAUGAUUCCUGCAACGACGGGCUGCUCAUUCGCCUUCAUGCUCCCUGUGUCCACACCACCCAAUUCCAUCGCCUUUGCAUCCGGGCAUCUGAUGGUCAAAGACAUGGUGAAGACUGGCUUCAUGAUGAACAUCCUGGGCAUCCUCACGGUUUCCCUGGCCGUGAACACGUGGGGGACGUACAUGUUCGGCCUGUCGACCUAUCCGGACUGGGCACAAUCCCUCAACGUGACCAGCACUACAACAGAUGUGUACAACCUCACCACCUCAUACCUCAACGCCACCGCGUGACGACGACACCGCGGCUUGGUGUCCAGCUGUAGUCACAUGAAUCGUUGGCUUAUUUAGAAUCAGCAAAAAUGUGAGUUAGAAAUGACCUAUGACUAAUGAAUAUAUGAAUGUUUCAAGGUCAGAAUAAUUUGAUUUGUGAUGUUUGUUAUUUGUAUUUUCCUUUGUAAUUUUAAAGUUUUAAGUGUGUCAUUGUAAAUUGCACUAAAGGCUUGAGGUGUUCCGUGAUGGACUACAAAACACUGUUACCUUAAGCAAACAAUGCAUGGUGUGCUCAACUUUGUAGCUCUUUGUAUUUAUUUAGGUGUUAGCUAUAAUUUUUUGCAAGAGUUUGGCCGUUUUUUUUUUAGAAAACAAUUUUUCUGGCCAGGUUUGUUUCUAUUGAUUUGGGGGUUAAUAUGCAACCUUUACCCUAGUGUGCCUUGAAUAAUUACAAAUGCAUCAGAUUUUUUCACAUUUUAUUGCUGAAAAAACAACAUCAUAAAGGCACUGUGUACUGACAUUGAGUACUGGCUGAAAUGAAGAAACAAAUAUGAAAGGGACAAUUAAAUGUUCCUGCUGAGACGUGAAUCAUGCUCCAAAUCUGAGAUCAUUUUGCAAAAUGAUAAUCUUAUUUAAUUACUUAUUUCACUUGAACCACUUCACUUAGGAAGUGGCAUUUUAAGGAAGAAACACCUGCUUAGCGUGGAUUUCUCUAAGGACACGUAUAAAACAGUUGCAAAUUAUGUAAAAUAAAAGUGAUUUACAAAGCACACAUAGAACCACACUGUGAUGCACAUGGAUACUGGUGGGCAAAUUGAUCUGUAGGCUGCUGGAGGUACUUUAAUUCACACAAGUAUUAGGUGCUCAGGAAACUCAUGUACUCAGUGUUUUUGUCAUUGCAGAAGUAUAUUUUAUACCGUUAUAAGUCAAAUUAAAACAGCUCUGGAAUUACUUCACAAGGACAAAGGCUGCACUUACUGUUUUCCUUUAAGACUCAUUUGUGAUUAUUUGUUCUUUCAUACGAUUGAGGUCUUCUGGAAAUGUUAAGAAAGCAUUUACGUCUAUUUUUAGCACACCAACAGAUUUUUGUAUGAGUUUCUUGUACAGGAAACUCAAAAUAAGAAGUACCCACGCAGUGUUUACAACCACUUGUCCCAAAGCGAACCGGAGCCUAACCCGGCAACGCAGGGCACAAGGCGACACAC